AGGACGUCCGGUAUCGACAACAGUUCCUGAAGUUUAUCUCCUUGGCGCGCUCUCUCUUCCACAGAAUGGAACAUCCCAAAUCAAAGCCUGUCGCGGUUAACGUAGUGAACGGAAAAGAAGCUAAAAGUGAUGAAGCUUCGGUUACCGACUCCACGGUAGAGUCGCCCGCGUUCUGCGGCGGCUGUCUGACGCGGAUCAGGGGUUGGAUCCCCGUGGAUUAUAAAGAAGAGAUUGGCCAAAUUCUGAAACUAGCGGGACCGGUGGUUAUAUCCCAGCUGAUGUUCUUUCUGAUCAGUUUUGUCAGCACGGUGUUCUGUGGUCACCUGGGGAAGACUGAGCUGGCUGCGGUAGCGCUGGCUAUAGCGGUGAUCAAUGUCACCGGCAUCUCCGUUGGCUCUGGCCUGGCAUCAGCCUGUGACACACUCAUAUCUCAGACGUUUGGCAGUGGUAAUAUGAAUCGUGUUGGGGUGAUUCUCCAGAGGGGGGUUCUGAUUCUGCUCUUGGCCUGCUUCCCUUGCUGGGCUCUCCUCAUCAACACUGAACCCAUCCUAUUGGCUGUUAGACAGAGCCCGGAGGUCGCCAGGCUCUCCCAGCUGUAUGUGAUGAUCUUCAUGCCAGCCCUGCCGGCUGCCUUCAUGUACCAGUUGCAGGGGAGAUAUCUGCAGAAUCAGGGUAUCAUCUGGCCUACAGUGAUAGUAGGAGUGGUGGGGAACAUUCUCAACGCUCUCAUCAACUACAUCUUCCUCUAUGUGCUGGACCUGGGCGUGGCGGGUUCUGCAGCAGCCAACUCCAUCUCCCAGUUCUCCCUGGCUGUCUUUCUCUACUGCUAUAUUGUCUGCCAGGGUCUGCACAAGGCCACCUGGGAAGGAUGGUCAGCUGACUGCCUGCAGGAGUGGGGACAGUUCAUCAAGCUGGCCAUCCCAAGUAUGCUGAUGCUGUGUCUGGAAUGGUGGACCUAUGAGAUCGGAGGCUUCCUGGCAGGUCUUAUCAGUGAGGUGGAGUUGGGGGCUCAGUCUGUUGUAUAUCAGCUAGCUACCAUCACCUACAUGUUCCCCCUUGGUUUCUCAGUAGCAGCUAGUGUGAGGGUGGGCAACGCUCUGGGAGCAGGGAACACAGAACAGGCCAAGCUGUCUGGGAAGGUUGCCUCCAUUUGUACACUCAUCGUCUCCUGUUUUGUCAGCACGUUCAUCCUCGUGACUAAAGACGUGAUCGGGUACAUCUUCACCACAGAACAGGAUAUUGUGACGAGGGUGGCUGACAUCAUGAUCAUCUACGGCUUCUUCCAUCUGGCAGAUGCCACCGUGGCUGUGAUGGGCGGUAUCGUGCGGGGAGCAGGAAAGCAGAUGAUUGGAGCGUUGAGUUACCUGGUGGGGUACUACUUCAUAGGCUUACCCAUUGGAGUCUCGCUCAUGUUCCCUAACAAGAUGGGCAUCAUAGGCUUGUGGACAGGCCUGUUCACCUGUGUGUUAAUCCAGUCCUUAUUCUUGGUAGUUCUGCUGUGUAAACUGGACUGGAAAAAAGCCAGUCAAGAGGCUCUGGUGAGGGCAGGAGUCCAGCUCCCUGAAAGGAAAGAAGAGCAGUUUGGACUGGAGAAGAAAGGCUGGUCGGAGGCGGUCCCACCCAGUGACCAGAGCCCUAGGGAGGGGCUGGGUGGGGUUGAGUUAGAGGUGGUCAGUACGGUGAGGUUGACUGUCAGACAGCUGGUUCAUCGUCGUGGGCUGGCUGUCAUCCUCAUGCUCCUCAUCCUCACCGCUGGAAUCAUCCUCAGUGAACUGCUCACCAGACUGCUGCUCGGAUAACAACCACAUGUACAGGAGGUUAACACAACCACAUGUACAGGAGGUUAACACAACCACAUAUACAGGAGGUUACACACAACCACAUGUACAGGAGGUUAACACAACCACAUGUACAGGAGCUUAACACCACCACAUAUACAGGAGGUUACACACAACCACAUAUACAGGAGGUUACACACCACCACAUAUACAGGAGGUUACACACAACCACAUAUACAGGAGGUUCCACACCACCACAUAUACAGGAGGUUCCACACCACCACAUAUACAGGAGGUUCCACACCACCACAUAUACAGGAGGUUACACACAACCACAUAUACAGGAGGUUACACACCACCACAUAUACAGGAGGUUACGCACAACCACAUUUACAGGAGGUUACACACCACCACAUAUACAGGAGGUUCCACACCACCACAUAUACAGGAGGUUACACACCAUCACAUAUACAGGAGGUUCCACACCACCACAUAUACAGGAGCUUAACACCACCACAUAUACAGGAGGUUACACACAACCACAUAUACAGGAGGUUACACACCACCACAUAUACAGGAGG